AUGUCAGAGGUAAUGAUUGAUAUCGAGCUAUUGACAUGCCCAAUAUGCUCUGAUACAUUUAGAGACGCAUGCGACACUAGCUGUGGACAUACCUUUUGUGAGUUCUGUCUCAACGCUUGUCUAGAGUCAAAGCCUGACGUGUGUCCAGUGUGUGCAAAGGACCCAUCUCCUGUGCACCCUGCCUUCACCAUCAGGUCAAUCUGUGACAUGAUCGCACCUGUCACUCCAGAGGAUAAAGAUGAUGAAUCAACAUUAGAGACAGAGAAGGAACAGGGUAAUGCCAGUUAUUACAAGAACAAGUUUGCCGAUGCCAUCGUACAUUAUAACAACGCGAUUGAUAAGGUCACCAACUCUUCCGAUACAAAGAACUGUGUCCUGUUUAACAAUCGUGCUCAAUGCUAUAUACAUCUACGUCAGUACAAGAGAGCACUAAUGGAUUGUGAUGAGGCCAUCAGAUUGAGUAACACCAAUGUCAAGGCAUACAUGAGAAAGGGAUUGUGUCUGAGGCAGUUGGGACAAUUUGUCGAGAGUAGAACUGCUUAUAUGAAGGCUAUGGAGUUGGACACACAGCAACAGUGGACACAACAUAUUCAGGAGGGACUGGCAGGUCUCCCAGUGUUUAAGGCUAGCACCACAUCGACAACAUCAUCUCAACAACAACAUCAUCAGCCACAGCAGCAACAACAUCACCAACAGCAAUAUAAUACGCUGCCACAUCAGCGUCCAAACAGCUCCUAUCCAGGCCAGCCACAGACGCAGCAACAGAUGUACUUCCAGCAAUUCCAACAGCAGCAACAGCAGCAGUUCAAUGGUGGCAACAACAACAACAACCACCAGUAUCCGUCGUUCAAUCAGAAUGCCGCGCGCUACACCGCGCCCACAGGCUACCCCGGUCAGUUUGUUCGCAACAGCACAGGAUACAACACCUAUCAUCCACAACAGUCUCGCAACUCACAGCCUCCACAACAACCACCAACGACAACAACCUCCACCUCUUCAUCGACAUCAUCCAAUGUAAAUAAUGCUGCACCAUCCAACAACAGACCACCAUCAUCAACAUCCACCACCUCAACCUCCACGGCCUCAUCGUCGGCUUCAUCGAUUCCCGCACCAUCCGCUCCACCCGUCUCAACAUCACCGUCGUCUGCUCCCAUCUCCUCCUCGCCAACCAACUCUGCACAGGCUGAAAAGAAGAACUGUAAAUCACAAUAG